CAAUAUAUCGGCAAGCACAUGACUAUUUAACCAAUGCGACAUCAAGCACCGUUAUUUCGUCAUACCGUGUCAGGCAGUCGUUCCGUGCCUUGACACAUUACGCAAUGUCUAACAAUUGAGGUAAAAACAUACAUAACUUGCCUAACAGCACCAUCAGUUGCCCAAAUUCCGUGUGUACAAAGACACUACAUCCGAUCCUGCAGUCUCUGUACCAAGUCUGACCCUGCGAGAUGCUGCGCGCGACGGCGACGAUGGGAUUUAUGGCGGCCGCGGUUGUGAAAGCGGCGCCGGAGCCCCCCAAACAGGAUUGCAGCCUCGUCUGCCGGCCCAGUGAGCUGCCCAUCUAUGGCAGCCUACGCAAGACACAACCGAAAGUGGACCGUCAUCGCUCGGAGACUCAGGACUCGGCACUGCAUCGCAAUCUGGAGAGCGGAGUGCGAUAUGUGCGGGAGGAGCUGCAAUCCGGAUACAACUCAGUCGCUGGGCAUGCCGGCGUCGUGGGCCAGUACUGGGAGACGGCUAAGGAGCACACUCGUCACACCAUCGACACACUGAAUGAACCACAAAACUCCCUUCAUCGCAGCGGUGCUAUCGUGGUGGGUGGUCUGGCUGGUUUCAUUUUCGCCGCACGCGGUGGCUUCAUCAAAAAGGUGAUCUAUACCGGCAUUGGUGCUGGCGCGGUUGCCUCUCUCUGCUACCCCCGUCAGGCUGAGGAGAACUGCCGUGUGGUCCUCUACGAGGGUCGCAAAAUUUUCGCCGUAGCCUACAACUUUGUCAAGGGCGUAAAACCCGGCGAGGAGGCUAUCGAUCCCAUUCAAAAGUUCCCCACUUCGCUGGAAGACCUCAAAUAUUUGGCCACCGACCUCUACGAGGAAGCCAAAGACCUAGUCUUCCCCAAGAAGAAGUGAUUUCCCGUGGAAUCCCACUCAACCUCACCUGACUAACCGAUUCGCCUGUAUUGUGUGCAACUAUCCAAGCCGUAGAGCUUGGAUUCUUUUCGAAAUUGUAAAAAAAAAGAAGCAGAAGUUGAAUUAUGUAUGUUGUGCUUGUUGCCACAUUUAUGGCAUUAAAAAAGUUGAUAAAGUGAAAUUCGAAGAG